AAUUCCCCCCCUCCCUCCUCUCUGUCAGUUUCACUUGUGAUAUACUUAAAGCUGGUCAGAGGCAAACUGAAAGCACUCUGGUCCAACUGCAGUGGAGAAAAUGCUGCUGCUCAUAUUCAUCACUUGUUUGCUUUCUAUGGGAACACUGACAGCUUCAGCUGCACAAAUAAAAAAUCAUGGAGACGUAACAGCUGUCUAUGGUGGUGAAGCACAUUACAGAUGUACCAUGGAUCAGACAGCAGGUGCCAUGCAGGUGACCUGGCAGAGGCUUUUCAGGGGCGGGUCCAUAGAAAACCUGGCAACCUACAGCGAACGGUUCAAUGAGCAGAUAAACGAGCCGUAUCGAGACAAAGUGAUCUUCACAGAAGCGUCCCUCACCUCGACCUCCAUCACCGUGAGGAACGUCACGUGGGAGGACGAAAGCUGUUACGUGUGUUCCUUCAACGUGUUCCCUGACGGCUCCACAAGUAAACAGACCUGUCUCAACGUUCAAGGAAUAUCAAGAACCUACACUUCACAUGUUACCAAUAAAAGAGGAGGGAGCGAAGGCAGCGAGGUGGUGUUCAUCUGCUCCGCCACCGGGAAACCAGCUCCAACCAUUCAGUGGGACUUGAAAGCUGGAGCCACCAGGCUGCACGAAGCACCGACCACCACAGUGAUGAACAGCGACCACACAUUCACCAGCAGCAGCAACGUCACGCUGCAGGUCCCGUCUGACUGGGACGGACACGUGGACUGUUUGCUGAACAGUGGGAUGUUGGGAGAGAGGCGCGAGAGGAUCCCUUUAACAGAGAUGACAGAUGGGGUCAAUAAAGGAGCUCGGCUGUCGUCAUCGGUGGCUGCACCUGUCGUCAUUGUUUUAGUCUUUGUUUUCAGUAUCGUCGCUGCUGUUAUAUUGAGGCACAGGAGGUUAAAGAAGAGCAGGAAACAUGCAGAUGUUGAACAGGAGGAAGGUUCUGACUUUCAACAAGUCGCUGUGGAUUCUAAUGAAUAGAAGCAUUAUAUAAACCUGGGGCUUUUCCAACUAUUUCUUAGAGAGGAAUCAAUAAGCUAGAAGUAAGAAGAGCAGCCUUUCACAGGAAGACAGACAGUGGCGCUUUGUCUUUGUCAACUGUACAUUUCAUCCAAACUGCAAUCGCUCUGCACUUUCACUUUGUUUCUGGAGCUUCAAACAAACCACUUGCACAGGCUGCACAAUGUAAAACCUCAGCUGUUCAGCAGGAGGAGGACUGCCUGGGUGGCCCAGGAGUAACUGUGAUGUUGAAAUAGGUAGACACUCAUAAUGAGUGAGUCAUAAUGACUAAUGCAGUGCAAUAGAAAAGGUUCACUGACGUGACCUGUAUAAUAAACUUAGAUGGAAUAGGUGACAUGAAAUAGGAGAACUGAAAGUACAAAUUCCCCUGUGGAGGGAACAGCUGUCACUGGAGCAGUGGCGCCAUCUAGUGUCCAGUGUGGGAAAGUGGGACCUUUAUUUGGGGAAGACUAUCUAAGCCCCAAAAAAUCACCAGAGUCCAGCUAGUUCCCACGUCAUAGAAAUUUCAAUUGAUUGUAGUUUCAAGCAAAUUAGAGCUGUUGACCUGAUCAGCUAAAAAGUUUUAUUGUACUUUAAUUUACUCCCACUUGCUCAAAGGUUGCAUGAAGCCUAUUCCAGAUGUGACUGAGGUGAGAGGCAGGGUACAGCCUGGACAGAAGUCUUUAUUAUACUUGUGUAUUUAUCCCUAAAGUUGAAUUUAUUUUUUUAAGCUAUAUUAGAGGUUAAUCUUGCACUGUUUGCACUUUUAAUGUUUAAUGUUGUGUUUGUGUUCUUAUCUUGUUGUAGAUGUUGUUUGUUAAUUAUAAUGUGAUGUUAAGUUAUUACACUGGAUAAUGUCUAUUCUGUCUGUAUGUUGAGGUUCCCAACAUUACAAAACUCAUUAGACAGGAAUCAAACUUACAAUACCACAUAUUAAUCUUGCCAAAAAUAUGUGGUGUAUGUAAAAAGAAAACUAAUGCAUACCAGGGUUUACAAAUAAAAUGAAAAACAUGUGA